ACACACACACACACACACACACACACACAGACAAACUGUUGCCUGGUUUGUCUCAGGUGAGUCAGGUGAGGGCGGAGCUUUGUCAGACCUCUGCUGAAUGCUGUUGGUUCACAUGUGACUCAGGGAGUGUUUCAGUCCAAAAUACUGAUUUAUUGCUGGAAAUAUAAUCUGAUACACUUGUUGAAGUUGUUGAAGGGGCUAAAGUCCAAUCAGAACCAGUGCCAGCACUGCCUGAAGUGUUCUCCCUUAUAUCAUUACUUAAGGUUUAUCUUUUUUUGAAACUUGUCAAGAGGAAAUUUUAACCUCAAACUGAAAAUUUUAAUUUAACACCAAUAUCUUCAUGUUCUGUUUAUUCAUUGUCCAGCCUCAAUCCAAAAACAAAUUACAAACUUUUAUUCAACAUAAAACGUAAAACAGGUGUUUCUGUUGACCAGUUGCAGUACUUAAGUAGUUAAAGUACUUUUAGUCUCUUAGUUUUGUUUUAUAUUCAUCAGCUGCUUCCAGCAGUCUGACAGCCCUCAUCAACGUCAACAUACAUGUAAUAUGACAGCUGACCUGAUCCUGGCUCAGAAUCAUGAUGCUCAUUAGCCACUCAUCCGCCCACCAUUGUUUCAUGCACGCACACACACACGCACACACACACACACACACACAUACACUCAGGUUAGAGAUUGGCAGGAGCUAAUGAGAUGACGGCUAAUCCUCAGAGCUGAAGGAAGAGUUCAGCGAUUGCCUUCUCUUUUACACACACGCACAUGCACAGGGAGGAAUCCUCAAAUUCACACUGAUGCCAACUUCACAUGACAUCGACGUGAAGACGUCCUGAAAACGGACGAGUGUGUGUUUGAGGGCAGCUGGAAACAAGAUGGGAGAUUUUCUUAAGAAGUGAGCGAGGAUGAGGAGGAGGGAGAGACGCCAUUAAGCACCACCGGCUCUGUGAAAGCAACACAAGGUGCAUUCUUUAUAGGUUCGUGCUGUUGCCAUGGCGAGGGCUGGGCGCCCUGCAUCCGAAAGCUACGUGCCAGUCUGUUAUUCAGGCAGUCAGUCGCUCUCGUUCUCCAGUGACGCUGGGACUGCAGGAACGGAGGAUGAGGAUGAUCGCGCACCCAUUUUCUCCCUCUCUAAGAGCUCCAUGGAUGUGGUCAUGGCGACAGGACUUCCGCACAAGCGGGACCCGGCCUGGACCAUAACGGACCUGAAACGCAGCUCCAGCACCAACACACCCUCUGAGCAGACCUCACUGUCACACAAGCCACUGCACCCUCACAUGUGGCAGCACCUCAAGCCCACCAAAGGUCACGAGUUGUCUCUUUCGGCCCAAAACAUAGAGGCGCACAAUCCUCCUGCUGCCGUCAGCGAGCGCAUUAUCAACAUGCAGCGCUGGAGCCAGUGCAGCGGCAGCACACACAGCCGCAGCAGCACUCCAGACACCAUUGUAUGGAAAGGUGGGACCUCACGCCCCUCGAGUCUAACCCAGGAAACCCCAUAUUCUCCUGCGCCAGAGUCUCCAGUGCCCACACCAACCACAAUUUCUCCCCUCAUCUCCCCCCUACAGACACCGACUUUACCACCAGAGGAUGUUUUAACAACUUCUUCUUCAUUUCUAAUCCUGAACACACAUCAGCGGAAUGACUUACUGGUGUCCUCCUCGCCCCUACCGUCCCCACUGCUGCCUCCCCUGCAGCCUCACACUUCCUCACCCUUGCCGUCUAACUCCCCCAGUCUCAAUCAGCGCACCAGCACAGACGACGAAGGCUUCCUAGAGAAUAACUUGCUUUCUUUUACAUUCCCUUCCCCGAUCCCAUCGUCUGUCAGCCUAGCAGAAGGAGGUGCUUCAUCAGAUCCUGGAAGCCUCGUUGAUGACGUGAUUGAAAAACUGCACAGUCCUGGAGGCAUGCAGUUAACGGAGAGUGAAGUCAGAAGUCCAGCACAAACGUCAAGCUGCCUGACGCUGAAUUCUCCAGCAAAGAGGCAAGAAUCAGGAGCGUCAGUUUGCUAUCUCGAGCUGCAAUGGCAGCUGGGACAAAGCUGUCCAACAGGCCGAAGUUGGAAGUCACCCCUUGUUUCUUCUCUGAGCGACUCUCAGCUGGGUGACUGCUGCAAGUGCAACUUAAACAUCAGCGGGGGCAUCAACAAGGUUGAGAUGUUAAGGGAGGAAGGGACAAUGACUUCACGGCUGGAGCUCGUAGAUGCAGCUGUGCAGACGAUCACUCCUGUUGGCUCCGUGUGGGGCCUCAGGAUGAACGCAUCCAACUCCAACAUGGGCUCCCACUCCAUCUUAGGCUCGCCGCCUGGAUCAAGACUGAACCUGAAGUCCUCAGUUGGCUCCAACUCUAACCUGGUGUCACCGUCCUCCAGCAUGUUCCCAGUGAGCAGUGGAGAAGAGGAGGAGAGGCGUGGAGAGACGUGGAACUCCCCACAAGAGCCGGACAGUAGGAGGUCAUGUCUGAAGAUCCACGGGGAGGACAGGGACGAGCUGGGGAGGAGGAGCAGCAUGAAGCAGGUGCAGUGGGACGAGGACGGGAUGACGUGGGACAUUCAUGGAGCAUCUUUGGACCCGGAGGUUCUGAGCACCGCCAUACUGAAGCAUCUGGAGGUCCAGAACAGCCCCCAACCGGUGAGACGUACUCUGAAGAAGAAGAAGGCACCGAAGCCUCCUGUCAUAUCAAACAUGGUGAAGGCCAUGACCCCUGACCUUAAUCCACCUGCCAUGAUCAUCACGUCGACUUGUGUAGCGGAGGCUGAGAGUAAGGAGACACCAGACGAGGGUGGGGAGAAGGAGGAGGAAGGCAAAAAGGAGGAAACAGUAGAAGCUGCUCGUAGAAUAAGCCGGGCAGAGGCAGACACCGCAAAAGAUGACGAGGUGUACGGCGAGGAAAUCACCAGCAGUCCUAAGACACCCUCACGAGAGAGUGCACACGGCCGCAAGAAGAGCGUGAUCAGGUCGUUUAGGAGGCCGGGAUGGUGUGGAGCCUCCAGGAAGGCAAAUGACUGAUACUGGAGACUAAUCUAAUGGCUGUGAGUCCAAAGUUUGCACAAAGACACGACUAACAAACUCUGAAUGGAGCUCGGAGAGAGAUUGGGAGCAGUUCUCACUUUCACAUAGGUAACUCAGGUCUUUGCAUUACAUGCAGCUUCCUCUGGAGCCACAAAAAGGCUUUAUAUUACUUUUUUUCCCCAUAUACUGUCUGCAGUAUUAAUCCUCAUGACUGAGGCUUUAUCUCCCUGGGUUUUGCCUUUCAGGCUACAUUUAGCUGCCCUAACUUGUUGAUUGUGGUUGUUAGAUUUAUUUUCUGUAACUUCACCGUGCCCCCCUCCCCACCACUUCUGAAAAAAAAACAUACUUGCUGUCUAGUGACUGGUAGAAGCAUUUUCUAGUGACGUCUUCAUGAAAGUUACAGGCAAUUUAGUUUAACAACAGCCUGAAUGUAACGCAUUCGUUCAUGUAGAUGUGCAGCAAAACCAAAUGUUGUCUUCGUGUCUCUGCUGCUCUGAAAAUGUUUGUUUUUAAAUUAAAAGGAAUUAAAAGUAUGAAAAGUAUUUCUAUGGGUCCAGCUUUUAAGUAUUUUUAUUCUAUGCUGUUUUGUAUUAGUGCAAAGCCAUCAAGGCACAUAUUCUUUAAAAAACAUAGGAUAACAUAAACCCACCUGUUUUAUAUGGAUACUGUAAACUGACAUUAUAGUCCAUAUUUAAAAUAUAUUUGAUCGAUUGGAUUCAGACGAUGACUUGUGCACAUUUGUUGUAAACUAACAUUCUUACAUAUUGCCCCAUUACAGCAGUGAAAUGUAGCUCCACCUCAGCAAACUACAGCUGCAAAACAUAAGUACAUCAGUAAUAUAACAAACAUGAUAUUCAUAAUAACAUCUCUGCAAAAUUUGUGAGAAAACAUAAUCUUCUCCUGCUAACAUCUCC